GAUUGCAUUCCACAKGACCCCCCGCAUGACUCRGACAAACACGAGCGACAGUUCACAGUCAUUGUAUGCAGAAGAGAGCGUGUUUAUAGAURUUUCUGUUGAAAUCUUGGCUUUUUGCUUCAAAUAUGGUCAGUACAAAGCAUUGUUGUUGGGGGACAUGCAAUAGUGAUUCARGAUACCCCGAAAGAUUACCAAAAUCAUUUCAAGAUAUGGCUAAAGCGGGCAAAAAAAUAUUCUUACCGUUCCCGAAGCCAUCACAAGGCAUGGAGCGUUGUCAGCUAGAAGUCGAAGUGGAUAAUAACAAGAGCACUCAAACGCCGUUUGGAAAGAUCGAGUUGUCAUCUAAAAUAGAAACAAUGAGUUUGAGGAACGAAGUGGCUACAGACAAGGCCAAUGUUGUGUAUAAAGUUGUGAGUAAUAUUUCGUAUGAAGUUAUUGCAAAAGACCCUAUAAAAAUGAAGCACUUUACCGGUUUAACGAGCAUCCAGUUUGAUGUUUUGUAUGAUUUUUUGAAUGACGUUUGUCCUUUGGAUAAGAUCAUUUAUUGGAGUUGUGCAAAUAAAAAUGGCAAGAAAACAUUCAGACGUGUUCUGUGUAAAUUGCCUGAAUGGUCUGCGAAGGAGAAGCUGUUCAUUUGCCUGGUACGACUUAGAAGAGGAUUUACAAUUAAGACUUUGUCGAUACUGCUUAGCUGUCCUGGUAAGGAAAUUAAAGAAACGUCAAUCAGGGACAUAUUCACUACCUUUAUCCAGUUGAUGCAAUCAUGUUUCCAUCUAAAGAAGAACUUAGAAAACAUACGCCAAGGGUUUUUAAAUCCAUCAAGAAUGCAAGGUGCAGUGUUGACUGCACUGAAUUCAAAGUAGAAACAUCAAGAAAUUUUUCAAGACAAGGAAACACAUACUCAUCAUACAAACAUGGGAAUACCUUUAAAUGUAUGAUUGCUGUCACCCCGAGUGGUGGUUCCUGUUUUGUUUCUGACCUAUAUGAAG